AUGCUCGAAAAAAUCGUAAAAUUGAAAGAAGAGGAAGAUGAAGAAGAAGACGAGGAAGAUGAAGAAGAAGAUGAGGAAGAAGAAGAUGAGGAAGAAGAAGAUGAAGAAGAUGAAGAGGAAGAAGAAGAGGAAAAAGAAGAUGAAGAAGAAGAAGAAGAAGAAGAAGAAGAAGAAGAAGAAGAAGAAGAAGAAGAAGAAGAAGAAGAAGAAGAGGAAAAAGAAGAUGAAGAAGAAGAGGAAGAAGAAGAGGAAGAAGAAGACGAGGAAGAAGAAGAAGAGGAAGAUGAAGAAGAAGACGGCGAGGAAGAAGAGGAAGAAGAGGAAGAAGAAGAGGAAGAAUAUAUGUGUUUUGUCUCUUUUUGUAUGGAUGAAAGAGGAAAGAUUGUCGUCAUGAAUAUUGAA